AUGAGGAUGAUGCCAAAUGACACUUCUGGGGAGGACUUUGUCGUUGUGAAUUUCUUUGCUCAGCCCCAGUUAUGGAAGAUCCUCUUCGUGGUUAUCUUGAUCUUCUACCUCCUAACCCCGGUGGGCAAUCCCGCCGUCAUUUUGGUGACCCGACCUGAUCUCCAUCUCCAUAAGCCCAUGUACUUCUUCCUGUCUCACCUCUCCUUCCUGGACUACUGCUUCACAACCGGCAUCGUCCCCCAGCGUCUGUGGAACCUCCCCGAGCUCUCCAAGACCAUCACCGUGGUCGGUUGUGCAGUCCAGCUCUACAUCUCCCUGGCCCUGGGAUCCACAACGUGCAACCUUCUGGCCGUCAUGGCCAUCUGCCGACCACUUCACUACACCACCGUCAUGCACUCGCAACUCUAUUGGAUGCCCACCAUGCUCAAGCUGUCAUGUGUGGACGUCCGAGCCAAUGAGAUCCAGCUCUUCGUGGGCACUGACGUGCUGAGGAUCAAGUUGUCUCGGGUCUGGAGGAAGGCCCUGGGCACCUGCGGGUCCCACCUCCUGGUGGUCACUUUCUUCUACUGGUCCACCACGGUGAUCUACACCUGGACCAACAGCUCCUUCAUUGGGACUUUGGACAAUUUUCUGACCCUCUUCUGCACCGUGUAUUGGAAUUUCCACCUCUCGUCGGAACUCACAAAGCAGCUGGAAAACAAAGAAGACAUCUCAGCGUCGGUUCCCUGCUCAAUACUGUCCUGA